AGGCUUCCAAUUAGAUAAAGUAUUUAAUAAUAAACUAAUACAGCAACUAAGAUAGCAACUAUUUCCUGAUUUCCAAAAGUGACUCAGAAUGUGAUAAAGUAUGGAAUUAUAUUGAAAUGUUAUCUUUUACCUAACCAGUAGUUUGUAACAUUAAAGUUCACAUGAAACUGUUCUAUAUUUUUAUAAAAUUGGAAGUGGAUUAAGCAUGGCUCUAGAAUUAACAGAUGUGUGUACGCACACACACACAUGCAAAUCACACAAAACUAUUCUGGCUUCCCUCUGUUUUUGUUAUUUAUAGAUUCUAUAGGCAGGAUCAAAGUCAGGGUUAUCUUGUCUGCUUUUUAAAGGAAAAAAAAGAUUGGGUAACUGUGCUCUGGUAAAUUUGCAUCAGUAAUUAUGAGAUAUUUUCACUUAGUACUUUCGCAUCUGAUGUCCAUCUUACCGACGAGACUUAAACCGUGACCUACCUCAGGUUUCCCAGAUAUUUCCCACAUAUUCCCCCUGCCAAUUUUGUUAUACUGUUACAAAACCCUCCGCAGUAAGUAUUUUCCAAAAGAACCAUUUUCUAAUUUUCUAACAUUACAAAACAGCAAGGAUAAAAGAACCCCAAACUGAUGGUUUGGAAAGCAUUCUAUUUUGAAAGUAACUUCUGGUUCAGAGGAUGAAUUUUAAAAUGGGGUAAUGUUUCUAGUGUGCCUGGGAAGAUCCAAUAAAGUUUGUUAGGUACCCAGGCAAAUUUCAGUCAUUUGUUUGCCAGGAUAAUCACAGCUUACAGAAAGGAGCAAGAAGAUAAUGAAUGAGGAACCCUGGGACUGAAAACAUUUGGAGGGAGUACAAGUACUAAGACAGAUGUUUUGAAUUUUUAUACUCAAUAAUCCAUUCUUUUGUGCAGGAUACAGUUCAUUCAUUUAACCAAUGUAUAUUGAGCAUUUUCUAUGUGCCAAUUACUAUUCUAGAUGCCAGGGAUACAUGAGUAAACACAACCGAGUUUAGAGCAGAGUCAUAUGAUCCAACUUGAGUUCUUAAAAGAAUCAUUGCUGUGUGGAAGAUAGUGGAAGAGUGGAAACAGGGAAACCCGUUAAAAAGGCUUUUGACAUAAUCUGAACAAGAGAUGAUGAUGGCUUGGCCAGUAAUAGUAGUACUGUUGGAGAUAAUGAGAAGUGGUUCAAUUCAGAUUAUAUUUUGAAGGUGCAGCCAAUAGAAAUUUUUAAUAAAUUGGUUUAUAGAGUAUGAUAGAAAACAAAGUUUAAGGCUUGAAAUAAGGAAAAUAUCAGAGGACAAAGUUGGGGAAUAAGGAGUGGAAAGUAGAAUUCAGUUUUGUUUGUAAGUUUGAGAUGCGCAUUAGCCAUCUAGGUGGAGAUGUCUCAAGUUAAUGGGAAAGGCCAGGCAGGAGGUAAGUGAGAGUUGUCAGCACAUGAAUAGUUUUUCUUUCCUAAAAAAAUUCUUUUUCUUCAUACAAUCUACAGGAAGUGGGAGUAGUAGUUCAAUGUUAGAUGAAAUCACAAAAUGGAUGAAUGUAGAAAAGGUGAGAAACUGAAAUUUUAGAGGUUAAGAGGAUGAGGAUCCAGGAAAGGAAAGUAAAAGGAGCAGCCGCUAAAAUAGGAGAACCACCGAAGGAGUACUAUGGAAGCCACUUUAAGACCAUGCUUCAAACUAUCAUAUUCUUUCUUACAUGUAUGGUUUACCUCUAAAUUGAAAAGUAAAAGUACAUGGUGAGGGACGGAUUAACUAUGUUAAAUGCUGCUAAUAGAUGGAGAAGGUGAAAAGAGUUUGACAGUUUAUUUAGCAACGUGGAAGCUAUUGGUGAUUCUAAACAAGAGCAGUAAAAGUCUGCCCAAAAUGGGAUCAAAAAAAGAUUAGGAGGAGGAGAAGGAGAGACAAGUAUAAAGAAGUCUAUAGGAUGGUAACGGUAAUCAAAGGAGUUUGUUUUUAAUUUGGGAAUGUGUUGAUAGAUGGAAUGAUCCAGUAAAGGGGGAAAUUGUACUGAAUAACGUGCAUAUAAGAAUCUGUGUCUACUUUAGGAUCUAUUUAAUGUGAAUUCAUGGCUUUAUUUAUUUAUUUAUUUAUUUUUUGAGACGGAGCCUCACUCUGUCGCCCAGGCUGGAGUGCAGUGGAGCGAUCUCGGCUCACUGCAAGCUCCACCUUCCGGGUUCACGCCAUUCUCCUGCCUCAGCCUCCUGAGUAGCUGGGACUACAGGCGCCAGCCACCACGCCCGGCUUAUUUUUUGUAUUUUUAGUAGAGACAGGGUUUCACCGCGUUAGCCAAGAUGGUCUGGAUCUCUUGACCUCAUGAUCCGCCCGCCUUGGCCUCCCAAAGUACUGGGAUUACAGGCGUGAGCCACUGCGCCCGGCCUCAUGGCUCUUUUUGGACAGAGUCAUAAGCUUCUUAGAUCUGUCACCCAAUGUAAUUAAUUGAUGUAUUGGUUAAUACUGCCUUUAGCAGUGCUAGGGGAUUGGUAAGAAAUCUACAUAAUCUCUGCGCUUGGGAAAUUCACAAUCUAGAGUUGGCUAAGUGGAGAAAACAUAAGAGAACACAUACAACUAACAAAUUCAGAUUAUGGACAAUGUACUUAAAAAACCCCCACGCCCUAGCUAUUGGCACGUGGUAAUUUUGCCCAGAGUUUUUGUUACAUGCAUAAUCCAGAGGGGUGUAGAAAACCAGGUCCUUUCAGUACCAAUCUAAGGAAGACAUGAAUUGGGGUGUUUAUAAACCUUGGUGAGGAAGAGAAUUUUAACUGGGACUGGUAACUUGGUGGGCCCAUUGACAUACAGUAGAUUGUGAAGAAGAAAACCCCAAGGAUUAUAAGGAAUAGUUUUAAUAUUACUAAUUUUUAUCCUUUGCUGAACCUAUGGGUUUCUUAUUUGAAAUGGCAAUCAAAUAAUUUGUAAGAGUUUGUAGAAAGGUGGAAAGAUUAUUGUAAUACAGGGUAGAUAUUUGCAUUUGUACAUACUUGAGGGUAAGCGCAAGAAAUAAACACUUGUAAUGGGGAUUACUUAAGCGAAAUGGAUAACACCGACAGCCUUUCUGUACAACAAAUAAUUGCUGUGCUUCUCAACUCCAAUAAUGAAUGUAGUGCCCUGCUGGAUCUGGGACAGCAAGACUUUUGAGUCCAGAUUCGCCAUCCCAUUUCCUGUCCCCUAACGUUUCCUCAGAAGCGAGCGAGCCUCUUCCACAAUUUGGGGACACUGUGGAAGAGCUUCUUGCUUGGGUAGUUCUGCAGCAGUCGAAGGUACAAGAAGAUAAAAAUGGGUAUCUCGACACAGCUCUUACAGCAUAUUCUCAACACAAGGAACAGUAAUGUCCCGCAGCAAUUCCUUCGGUGGAAAAAAAUGACUGUAUCCGUGUAAGAGGAGUAAUUCUUUUUUGAAUUUUAUGAGGCUUCAGAGCUGUAUUUCGGCCAACCCAGUCUUUGUUCAGUUUCUAGCGGCUUAAAGGUUGCCCAGUUUUACGCCUUCUUGCUCAAAACAGACACUAGUUUUCUUUGAUAGCCUGGUCUCACAUUGACUUCAUCUAAGCUUAUUACAUUCGUCUCAUAAAUCGUUUGCUUUUUCCCCCAGCCUUAGCUCCAGGGAGCAGCCUACUGAACAUCGAAAAGGUCAGGAACGAGAUCACGGGACUGAGACGGCGAGCCGGCUAGAGCGGAUAGAGCCGUACUGCCGCUCUAGGUUUUCUUUUGCUCUCUAUGGUUAGGAGCGCAAGCCUCUCUUCGGCCCGGAAAGAUAUAUGUUCGUGAAUGCUUACGCAAGACUCGGAGGUAGUUCCGGUUCCGGCGUGGCCAUUUUCGUUGCUGGUGUUCAGUUGUGGCGGUUGCUGGUCAGUAACAGCCAAGAUGCUGCGGAAUCUGCUGGCUCUUCGUCAGAUUGGGCAGAGGACCAUAAGCACUGCUUCCCGCAGGCAUUUUAAAAAUAAAGUUCCAGAGAAACAAAAACUGUUCCAGGAGGAUGAUGAAAUUCCACUGUAUCUAAAGGGUGGGAUAGCUGAUGCCCUCCUGUAUAGAGCCACCAUGAUUCUUGCAGUUGGUGGAACAGCAUAUGCCAUAUAUGAGCUGGCUGUGGCUUCAUUUCCCAAGAAGCAGGAGUGACUUUAAUCAUCCCAGCAAUCACUUGGUUCAGUUUCAUUCAGCUCUCUGUGGACCAGUAAUCUGAUAAAUAACCGAGCUCUUCUUUGGGGAUCAAUAUUUAUUGACUUGUAGUAACUGCCACCAAUAAAGCAGUCUUUACCAUG